GGAAGUGAUGUUUAGUCAGCUGACUGAAAACAACAACAACAUCAGAGGAGCUCCGGGAAAAUAACGGGAAUACUGCUCCUCCUUAGUACCGGGGAUACUGCUCCUCCUUAGUACCGGGGAUACUGCUCCUUCCUCCCGGGGAUACUGCUCCUUAGUACCGGGGAUACUGCUCCUUAGUACCGGGGAUACUGCUCCUUCCUCCCCUGAAUACUGCUCCUUAGUACCGGGGAUACUGCUCCUUCCUCCCGGGGAUACUGCUCCUUCCUCCCGGGAAUACUGCUCCUUAGUACCGGGGAUACUGCUCCUUCCUCCCGGGGAUACUGCUCCUUCCUCCCGGGGAUAGUGCUCCUUCUUAGUACCGGGGAUACUGCUCCUUCCCCCGGGGGUCUCAGAGUGGUCCUCCUGCCUGGUUCUCCCCCCUCCUCUCGAUGUGGAUCCCCCCGGAGGAGGUGCUGCUGGCCGGGCCUCUGUGGGUCUCUGAGCGGGCAAACCCCUUCUUCAUCCUACAGAGGAGGAGAGGACAUGGCCGAGGAGGGGGGCUGUCCGGUCUGCUGGUGGGCACCCUGGACGUGGUUCUGGACUCCAGCGCCCGGAUCGCUCCCUAUCGGAUCCUCCUGCAGACGGCCGGCGCUCAGAUCUACUGGAACAUCGCAAGCGGCUCGUCCAGGAAGGAGAUCACGGAGCACUGGGAUUGGCUGGAGUCAAACCUGCUGCAGACCAUCUCCAUCUUUGACAACGACGAAGACGUCACCACCUUCGUCAAGGGAAAGAUCUCAGGUAUCAUCGCAGAGGAGAACCGGCUGAAGCAGGGCGAGGAGCAGGAGGAGGAUUGUGGGAAGUUUCGGGAGGCGGAGCUGAAGAUGAGGAGGCUGUUCGGGAUGCCGGAGGAAGAGAAGCUGGUCAACUAUUACUCCUGCAGCUACUGGAAGGGAAGGGUGCCGCGGCAGGGCUGGCUCUACCUGUCCGUCAACCACCUGUGCUUCUACUCCUUUCUGUUGGGCAAGGAGGUGACCCUGGUGGUGCAGUGGUCGGAGGUGACCCAGCUGGAGAAGAACGCCACGCUGGUGUUUCCAGAAAGCGUCCGAGUCAGCACGCGUCACACCGAGUACUUCUUCUCCAUGUUUCUCAACAUCAACGACACCUUCAAGCUGAUGGAGCAGCUCGCCAACAUGGCCAUGCGGCAGCUUCUGGACAACGAGGCGUUCGCUGCCGACCGCUCGCUUCCCAAACCCUGCAAGACGCUGAAGAACGUCUCUGCGCUCAAGAGGGAUCUGGACGCCCGGGCGAAGAACGAGCGUUACCGCACGAUGUUCCGGCUGACGCAGGACGAGCGUCUGGACGGACACACGGACUGCACCCUGUGGGCGCCGUUCGCCAAGAUGCAUGUGGUGGGACAGCUGUUCAUCUCCAACAACUACAUCUGUUUCAACAGCAGAGAAGAAGACCUGUGUCAGCUGAUCAUCCCCCUCAGAGAGGUGUCAGUGGUUGAGAAGGCAGACAGCAGCAGCAUCCUGCCGUGUCCCGUCUCUAUCAGCACCAAGAACAAGACCAACUUCCUGUUCGCUAACCUCAAAGACAGAGACUUCCUGCUGCAGCGGAUCUCCGACUUCCUGCAGCGGACCCCCGACAGCAGCGGGGGCGAAACCAGCCCCCUGAUUGGCCCCCUGAUUGGCCCCCUGAUUGGGCCCCUGGGCUCCUCAUCUGAGUCCGUCCUCAGGGGCCGACAUUACCACCCUGACCUGCCGACAGCCAAUCAGGGUCUCCUGAGGCUCUACCAGACCGGGGCCCCCGAGGACCUUGGGCCCAAAGCCAUGAAGGAGAGGAUGAAGGAGGAGGCUUGGAACAUCCACUUCUCAGAGUUCGGUCGAGGAGUCUGCAUGUACCGGACCUCCAGAACCAGAGAGCUGGUCCUGAACGGGAUCCCAGAGAACCUGAGGGGGGAGCUGUGGAUGCUGUUCUCUGGAGCUCAGAAUGAGAUGGCGUCCCACCCCGGUUACUAUGGCGACCUGGUGGAGGCGGCGAUGGGGGUUGGCUCUGUGGUUUCCGUGGUGACGGAGGAGAUCGAGAGGGACCUUCAUCGAUCGAUGCCUGAACACCGAGCCUUCCAGAACCAGACGGGCAUCUCCGCGCUGCGCCGCGUCCUGACUGCGUACGCCCACCGAAACCCAGGCAUCGGGUACUGCCAGGCGAUGAACAUCGUCACCUCGGUGCUGCUGCUCUUCUCUCCAGAGGAGCAGGCUUUCUGGCUGCUGGUGGCUCUGUGUGAGCGCAUGCUGCCAGACUACUACAACACAAGAGUUACAGGGGCCCUGGUGGAUCAGGGGGUGUUCGAGGAGCUGACCAGAGCCUUCCUGCCCCCCCUGUAUGAACACAUGAGGGAUCUGGGGGUGAUCUCCACCAUCAGCCUCUCCUGGUUCCUCACCCUCUUCCUGUCUGUGAUGCCCUUUGACAGCGCCGUGCUGCUGGUGGACUGCUUCUUCUACGAGGGCAUCAAGGUCACCUUCCAGGUGGCGCUGGCGGUGCUGCACGACAACAUGGAGGCUCUGCUGUCCUGCAGCGACGAGGGGGAGGCCAUGACCGUCCUGGGGAGGUACCUGGAUAACGUUGUGAACAAACAGACUGUGGCCCCUCCCAUCCCUCACCUCCACGCCCUGCUGACCAGCGGAGACGACCCCCCCCGAGAGAUCGACAUCUUCGACCUCAUCAAGUCCUCCUACGAGAAGUUCGGCAGCCUGCGCUCUGAUGUCAUCGAGCAGAUGCGGUUCAAGCAGAGGUUAAAGGUCAUCCAGUCGCUGGAGGACACCGCCAAGAGGAGCGUGGUGAGAGCGAUGAUGACGGAGUCUGCAUUCAGCAUCGAGGAGCUGGAGGAGCUGUACUGUCUCUUUAAGGCGCAGCACAUGGCCAGCUGUUAUUGGGGCUCCAGCAGCGGGGCCUCUCAGCGGUUCGACCCCUCCCUCCCGUACCUGGAGCAGUACAGCAUCGACCCGCUGCAGUUCUGCCAGCUGUUCCUUGGCCUCGGCCCCUGGGCCUGCGGGGGCCACACCCCCACCCUCUCUGCUCGCCUCUUCAGGGUCCUGGACCAGAACCAGGACGGGCUGCUCAACUUCAAGGAGUUCAUCACUGGAUUCAGUGGGAUGUAUCACGGGGAAAUGACGGAGAAACUCAAACUGCUCUACAAGCUGCACCUGCCUCCAGCGGUGUGUCCGGAGGAGGCUGAAUCAGCUCUGGAGGCGACUCACUUCUUCACAGAGAAUGAAGCUGAAGAACCUUCCUUCCUACCUGCUGUGGGCUCUUUGGGGAAACAGGAAGUGACCUCAGGUGAGGAGGACGUAGGAAACGAGGAGAGGAAAAGUCCUGAGGAGAAGGUGAAGGACUACAGGUACUACCUGAGGCUGUGGGCCAAAGAGAAGGAACCAAAGACUGAGACCAUCAAAAACCUGCCCCGAAUGAACCAGGAGCAGUUCAUCGAUGUGUGUAAGACGCUGUACAACAUGUUUAGUGAGGAUCCAGAGGAGCAGCAGCUGUAUCACUCCAUCGCCACGGCAGCCAGCCUGCUGCUGAGGAUCGGGGAGGUCGGGAAGAGGUUCGGGAACAGGAAGUUAGAGGCCCCGCCCCCUGAGGCCCGGCCCCCUGAGGCCCCGCCCACUGAGGGCCCGCCCCCUGAGGCCCCGCCCCCUGAGGGCCCACCCCCUGAGGCCCCGCCCCCUGAGGCCCCAGGUGAGGCUCAGGUGUGCCGGGCUCUGGAGGACGCUCAGCUGGAAGACGUGUCCUCCUCCGUCUCUCUGCAGGACGAGGACUCUGCUCUGAUUGCAGAGCAGAGACAGGGCAGCGAGCUGGAUGCUGAUUGGUCGAUCAGCUUUGAGCAGGUGCUGGCGUCCCUGCUGACGGAGCCGCCGCUCGUCCAUUACUUUGAGAGGAAGAGAGACAUCCGGAGCAAGAUGGCCGUCUGCAAGGCCCAGAGAGCCGUGGAGCGCCAGACAAGCUCCGCCUCCGAGCAUGACCUCACACAGCUGUCCCCCUGACAAGCUCCGCCUGCGAGCAUGACCUCACACACCUGUCCCCCUGACAAGCUCUGCCUCUGAGCAUGACCUCACACACCUGUCCCCCUGACAAGCUCCGCCUCCGACACGACCUCACACACCUGUCCCCCUCACAGGCUCCGCCUCCUCACACAACCUUCACCCUUCUCACCCUUCUCACCUGUACAGUAUUAUCAGAAUGAUUCCAGAUGUGCUUCGUUAUAAAACCGCAGCUCCUCUGAAAGCUUUAUAUAUUAAUCAUAACCUUUAUAACACACACACACACACACCACACACACACACUUUUUUAUUAAUCAUGUCUGACCACCUGAGACUUUUAUUUUGAAGUCACUGACGCCUUCGUGAUGUUUGUGAUGACAUCACUGUUGUUUACUUCCUGUUGACGUGAUGAUGUCACUGUUGUUUACUUCCUGUUGACGUGAUGAUGUCACUGUUGUUUACUUCCUGUUGACGUGAUGAUGUCACGGGAUGUUUUUAGUAUGUCUUUAUUCUGCUUUUACGUCCAUGUCAGUUGUUGUCUAAUAAACAAUGAAGUGAUGAUCUUCUUCUGUGGUG